AAAAGAAAAGAAGAAAGGGUUAAGCGGACCCUAGUCACGUUACGCAACCCGCAAAAUCGGAAAUCGAGCGAAAGCCAGAAGAAACAAACCCUCGCACUCGGACUCUCUCAAGGAGGAGGCAAUGGCCGAUAACCGAGAAAUCCUGCCGCCGCAGUACGACGUCAACGCCAAAUGGGACGCCUGUAUCGAUCUCACCGUCCGCCGCUUCGUCUACUCUACCCUCGGCGGAGCCGUCGGCGGUCUUCUUCUCUGCAGGAGUCCUGUGACUCGCUGGGCUGCUGUAGCCUUUGGUGCUGGAUUGGGCAUUGGAUCUGCAUACACAGAUUGUUCUCGUUUAUUUGAGGGAUCUCCUGCAACUGCAAAGUUGGCAUCUCAUAAGAUUGUUGAGACUCCUGCUCCUCAGGAUGGACAGGAUUGAGGUUAUGCUAGUGAAGCUAACACACUUUGGGAUUUAAACCAGAGUGUUCCUUUUGAGAUUGUUGGUUGUUUCUAUGCCUGCAAUGGCUUUGAAUAUGUAGUAAAAGUACUGUUGUUGUUGGACAAAGAUUCAACCUGAUCUACUUUGAGACUUGAUAUAUAAAAUUAUCACCUUUUGACCUUGUAACCCUGUCA